AUGGGGAUUCCGUGGUCGACCCGAAUUCGUUCUUCUGUGUUGGCGGUGGAGGAGAAGAGGAUAGAGAUGAAUUUCAUCUCGGAUCUGUUCGAGGCUUUCAUCCCCAGUGAUCAGAUAUCGGAAUCUGAUUCGAUUCCUGCUGAAGAUCCGAGUCCGGAAUUUGGAUUUGGCCCGGGUCUUGGGUUGGCUGAAGUCCCCUCCGUUGUUGGUCUUCGAGUGGUUGGCAUCGAGUCGGAGUCUGAUUCUGAGGAAUUUGAGGUAGAUUCUGGGUUAAUUAACAAUCAUGAUAAUUAUGAUAAUGUUGGAUUUAAUUAUCAUAUUAAUGAUAGUGAAAGGGCUUUAAAUGAAGAGUAUGAAUGGGAGGAGGUAAAUGAGAGAAUCCAAUUUGGUGGGAGGGAGAACUUGAAUUCAGUGAUUGAUGGAAUUGAAGAAAUGAAUUUGAAUUCAACGAUUGAUCGAAUUGAAGAAAUUUCAGUUUCGUCUGAGAUUUCUUCGUCUGAAGAUGGCACUCUACCUUUAAGCGAUGAUGGAGGACGACAUGAGGAAGCACGAAAUUUGGACUGGGCAGUGCUUUUCAGGGAGAGUCAUCUAGGAAGAAAUUCGGAAAUGGUGAAUGUGGAAGCAUAUAAUAACAGAAAUGUAUUUCUAAAUUCUCUUGAUGAGUAUCUUUUGGCCAUGGAACUGGAUAUGCAAUUCGUGGACAAUGAGACUGGUUUAAAGUGUAGUCCACCUGCUGCUAAAUCUGUAGUGGAGAACCUGCCUUCAGUGGUGUUAUCAAAGGAGGUAACUGGGGCAAAUAAUAAUGAGGUUGUCUGCGCGGUCUGUAAGGAUGAGGUUGCAACAGGAGAAAAGGUCACUAGAAUGCCUUGUAGCCAUCUUUAUCAUGGGGACUGCAUUUUUCCGUGGCUCAGGAUCAGGAACACAUGCCCACUUUGUAGGUAUGAGUUGCCUACAGACAAUGUGGGUUAUGAGAAAAUGAGGAGUGAUCAUAGGAUUACUGCUAGCUUCCUUAAUGCUUUGCGGGUGAGAUACAAUGAACUUUUGCCUUGA